GGAAGGGAGGUAGGAGCGGAGUGGAAAAGACGAGGGAGAGGAAUAAAGGACGCGCUCACUGUAUCACUGGGACCAUGAAGAGGUCAGUGUUUGUGGAGUUUGCCCUGUUUGCUCUCAUUCCUCUGAGUGAGGCCGGCUGCUGGCACGGCGUGCUUAAAAAGGGUGCGACUCAUUGUCAGGAUGGUGUGGAUAAGACCUGGCACCCUGUGGGAUCAUCCUGGACCAACAGCAGAUGUGUCCAGUGUGACUGUGACAGUGCUUCAUUGACCUGCUGUUAUGGAAUGCCAAGAGUUGGGAAAUUUGCAGACGACUGCACCGUGGAGUACAAUUAUGACACCUGCACAUAUAAAGUGUUCAAAAAGAGUGAUCCAACAAUUGAGUGCCCUCACGCUGCUGUUCUUAAGUGAUCAUCAAGAAAUGCAGCAUUCAGUAGUGCUGUACACCAGGUCAUUCUGACCGAAGCAUUCUUAGAAAUCAAGCUCAAGCGAAGUACAAGUACUCAGAUAUCUAUAUUCAUAAAAUAUCUGCAAAAGUAUGCAAGUAUAACUGAAUAAGUAAUUUAAGCCAAUUAGUCCUGAUACAGGAUAUAAGAACUCAUUCACAUACAGAAACAUGGACACUUUAAAUACUGCAUAGCUAAUCUUGCUUAAAGAAAAUGCAUUACAGCCUUGAACACUAAUAGUAUUGCAGAUUUUUGACACAUUAAAAUGAAUCAAUUUCCUCUCUG